UACAAGACGACCCUGGAGUUCGGGUUCCCAGUGCCAGCAUCAUGAGAGGGCUCGUCGCCCUGCUGCUCCUGGGCCUGGCGACUGGCUCGCCCCCACUGGACGACAACAAGAUCCCCAGCAUGUGUCCAGGGCAACCUGGCCUUCCUGGGACACCAGGCCAGCAUGGCAGCCAGGGCCUGCCAGGUCGUGACGGCCGCGAUGGCCCACCCGGAUCUCCAGGCGAGCGAGGCGAGGCCGGGAAGCCUGGAGUGCCGGGGCCGCGUGGGGAGCCCGGGCGGCGGGGAGAGGCGGGCCAAGUGCUCCGUUCCGAGAGCCGGGUGCCUCCGCUCGCCGACGCGCCCCUACCCUUUGAUCGAGUGCUGUUGAACGAGCAGGGACAUUACGAUGCCACCACUGGCAAGUUCACCUGCCAGGUGCCUGGUGCCUACGACUUCGCUGGGCAUGCCACGGUCUACCGGGCCAGUUUGCAGUUCGAUCUGGUCAAAAACGGAGAGUCCAUCGCCUCUUUCUUCCAAUUUUUCGGGGGGUGGCCCAAGCCAGCCUCACUCUAGGGGGGCGCCAUGGUAAGGCUGGAGCCAGAGGACCAGGUGUGGGUGCAGCUGGGCGUGGGGGAUUACAUUGGCAUCUGUGCCAGUGUCAAGACAGACAGCACCUUCUCUGGAUUUCUGGUCUAUUCCGACUGGCACAGCUCCCCAGUCUUCGCUUAGUGCCCACUGGACUACCGAGAGCGGGCUUUUGCUCCCAGAGGUGGACGUAACACUGAUACCACACACCCGGAGGGCGGGUCCCCCCCGGAUAAUUGUGAAUGAGAAACAGGGAAUGGACUGUUUGAGGUCAGGGCGGGCAGCAUGGGGGCAGCGGCUGGACUUCUACCC